AUGCUGUCAAGGGCAGCUCGCAUCGCGCGUCUGCAGCCCACUGCAGCGCAGCUCUACCGCUCUGUCGCAACACCAGCUGCGAGGAGACCCGAGUUCCUAGCUUCAUCAUGGACUAGGGGCUUUGCGCAGGACAAUAAGCCGAAAGGCUCCCCUUCAGAUAAGCCGAUUGACCAGCAAAAGUCUUCUGAAUCGACGCAAGAGGAGACCUCGGCGUCGUCAAGUCCCGAAUACAAAGCAGCGUACGAAGAGGCUGCCGAAGCUUCAUCCAAGACAUCCUCAACACAAACUCCCAAAUCCGACGCCGAGAAUGCCGCCGAUAAGACCGAAGCUCCUGAGCCUGCCGCACCUACCGGCCCACUACCCGACCUCACCCAGGGAAUCCCCUCCACCCUAGCAUACGAGAUGUCUGGUGCGACAAACAAGGCCGCGCUGGCUGCCCUCGCUGAAGAAGAGGCUGUGGCCCAGGGCGGCGGUCGCGGGCGUGGAGAGCUUCCCGACUCGGCAUACGUCUCAUCAACAGACAGGAAAAGACAGCAGUUUGCGAGCCGCAUGUUCCUCGCCUUCGUCGGCUUCGGGGCUGCCGGUGCCGUCUACCUUGGCCGCAACUGGGAAGACAAGGCAGACGAGCUCCGGCACGCCGAGGAUGCACCGAACGGAUGGGGGUUCGGCGCUUGGUGGAACAGAGUCACCGCCCGUACCGGCGACUUCUUGAACUACUACCAGGAGCCUGCCUUUGAGAAGCUGCUCCCUGAUCCCGAUCCGUCUUUUGAGCGUCCCUACACCCUGUGUAUCAGCUUGGAAGAUAUGCUCGUUCACAGCGAGUGGACGCGCGAGCACGGUUGGAGAGUGGCCAAGCGCCCCGGCGUUGACUAUUUCCUGCGUUACCUGAGCCAGUACUACGAGUUGGUUCUCUUUACCAGCGUUCCUUUCGCCAUUGGCGAGCCGCUUGUUCGCAAACUUGACCCCUACCGCUUCAUCAUGUGGCCCCUCUACCGCGAGGCGACCAAGUACAAGGAUGGUGAAGUCGUCAAGGAUCUGUCUUACCUCAAUCGCGACCUGUCCAAGGUGAUCAUUAUCGACAGCAGCGACAAGCACGUCCAGAACCAGCCAGAGAACGCCAUUGUUCUUCCCAAGUGGAAGGGCGAGUCCAAGGACAAGGAGCUUGUCAGCCUGAUUCCCUUUCUCGAGUACAUCCACACCAUGCAGUACGGCGAUGUUCGCAAGGUCCUCAAGUCAUUCGAGGGCAAGCACAUUCCUACCGAGUUUGCUCGCCGCGAGGCGAUUGCACGUGCCGAGUUCAACAAGCAGGUGGAAGCCAAGAAGAAGAAGGCGCCUUCAGGCAUGGGCUUGCUGGGUGGCAUGCUCGGCCUCAAGCCCUCUAACAUGGCCUUGAUGGUUUCCCCCGAUGGUGAACAGAACCCCCACGAGGCUCUCGCCCAGGGUAAGAUGCUCCAGGAUAUCGCCCGUGAGCGCGGCCAGCGCAACUACGAGAUGCUCGAGAAGGAGAUUCGCGAAAACGGUGAAAAGUGGCUCAAGGAGGAAGCUGCCAUGCAGGAGAAGGCCCAGCAGGAAGCCAUGCAGAGCAUGAUGGGCUCCUUCAGCGGAUGGUUCGUUAAGGGCGACGACGCCAGCAAGAAGCAGUAA